AUGGAAGGAAGAAGCCCCUACAGAAUAUAUGAUCCAGGAGGCACUGCCCCAAACCGACUGGCCGCACAAAACAGGCAAAACAUGGAUGGGAUCUUGAGUUUAGGUGACUUGUUGGAGGAGUCUCAGAAUGUGGCGUUCACUCUCCGACAGAAAGCUGAGGCUCUGACAAAAGACGACCAGGAUUUGCAGCCUUCUUCGUGCCCAACCACUCGACCCUCUCACCCUGGACCAAUGGAUACAGAAAAAGAGGAUGCAGAUGAUUUCCUGCAUGUACAGAUGGAGAAACGGAGUACGGAAUCAAAUACAACUCUGAAAGCUAACCAGAAAUCUCCUACAAGUGGAUCAUCUUCUGAAUUUGAAAUCCUGCACCAUAAUGAAAGAAAAAAGCCUCUUAAAGUCAGAUUAUCGGAUCCUGGCCCUACUGUGCAUCAUGAAGACGACAACCUACAUCAUCACCUGCAACGUAUGGAAAAUUCACUGAGUAUGUUCGCAGAGGAAUCCGACCAAAACCGGCUUCUCAGUCACAUAAGUCGCAUGGUGUUGGAGUUUAACCGUCUGGCAAGCAAAGUGAACAAGAACGAGAUGAGGACAUGGGUAUUACAGACAUUGUGUGAACAGCUGAGGAAAGAGAAUGAAGACUUAAGGUCUAAAUUGGAGGAUGACUGGAACAAAAGGAGCCAGGUUGAGCAAGAUUUGAGAUAUGAAAACCUGGAGCUCAGACAGUUAAUUCUGGACAAAGGGAAAACACCAGUAAAUAAUACCACACCAACAGGGGAGGACAUCAGCAAGGUAGAGAAUGCUACAAAUCAACAGGCAGCCAAAUUGGUUGAAAAACCAACAAAUAAAGACCACAGCGGAGUGUUGUUAAAGAAAGUGAAAAUUCUGGAACAUCAAAGGGCAGAGCUCUUGGAGGUAAAUAAGCAGUGGGAUCAGCAGUUCCGUUCUAUGAAGUUGCAAUAUGAAGAGAAGAUCACAUCCCUGCGUCAGAAGUUGUCUCAAGCCACCAAGAAUGAAGGUGAACAGGAAGCAGAAAGAGACCGCAAGCAGAGGGAUUUUGAUCGCAAGCUCCUUCUUGCUAGGGACAAACUAGAAGAGAAAGAGUCACAAAUCCAGAAACUGGAGUCUGACGCAAGAGAUCUGAAGCAAAAGAAUAAGUUUCUCCAUGACCAGCUGAGCUCCACCAGCAAGCAGCGAGAGUACCAGGAACGGGAGAUCAGCCGACUGAAUAAGGCCCUUGAGGAAGCUCUAAAACUUCGCGACUUGGGCCCUCAUUCGCCCUCAUUCUCUGCCUCUGGAGAGGACACUUUGUUUCUGCAACGACAAGAACUCCUAACCCAGAAUGACCUUCUCAAGCAACAGGUGACCAUCUUUGAAGAAGAUUUCAAGAGGGAGCGCAGCGACCGGGAACGUAUGAAUGAAGAAAAAGAGGAGCUGAAGCGACAGCUGGAACAGCUUCAAUCACAAUUGGCUCAGGCAAAAUCCCAGUUGCGCUCUUGUCCAGAGGAUUCGCGACAGAAGAGAGAUUGCUCACGUGACCUGACAAGGCAACAGGCUUUAGGUGAAAGAUACACUCAAGAUUCCCAAGCAGGACCUGCAUGCCCACCAUACCAAUAUCACCAACACCCAUACAGCCCCCCUGGCCUAAUUUACCAAGGCUUUGAUGAUUGGCAAAUCUGUUAUCCACCUCCAGUUGUUGCUCCAGAACAUAGCCAAGUUCAAGACUUGCCAAAUGGUCCUCCGCCUGCGUAUCAAUGGAAAAUCCCCAAUGCACCUCUGCGUCCACCUAAACCAAAGGGAGCACAGAUGCCAAAGUCUAGAAUGAAGGAGCAAGAUGCUGCCAAGCGAGGAACCCAAAACCUUCAAAGACCAACCUGA